AUGGGUCCUCGGCGGAAGAAGAACAAGCAAUCUACCCCUCAGGACGACCCCGACAGCACCCAGUCUGAUAACACUCUUCCGCACAAGGUCCCACCACUAUCAACCACCCAGAACGACAAUCAACACCAGUGCGACACCGAUACACCCGACCCUGAUGUAACCCAGCCGUCUAGUGCUUCAGCCUCACCAUCAACAUCCAUCCCUACACCAGACAAGCGAGGCAGCUGGUACAAGGGCGCUCCAUGGCGCUCCAAAGCCAACCCCGUCGCUCAAACCACCAAUGAAAACAUAUCCGUGGCUGGAGGUACUACCAACGAGUCUCUCGCCAAUAGUCCAAAAUCAGGUCCUCGUUUUGUCCAUCCUUCAUUGCGACGCAGUUCCAAGUCGAUUCCCACAAUCUCAUCAGACUCUAUCAAUGCCACAGGCAGCAACGCCAAACCCGACAAGCCUGCCUUUUUCUCCGACAACAUCAGGAAAUCAAACGCACCAGAAGCCCCAUUACCUCCAGAGCCCUCCCAAGAUGCUCCCUCUGGUUGGUUUGGAGGAUGGUGGUCGCGCCCCGAUGGUUACACUGAUCACUCUAGAAUGCUGAAAGCCCAAGACGACCGCAAAGAAGCCUCAAGCACUCCUCUACCCUCGACACCAGAACAAAAGCCUGAUCAAGGCACGAGCUUGAAUGUCGAGCCCAUCAACCUGAACGAUACAAUGCGCUCCGUCCGUAGUGUGGGUACCACUGCAUCAUCGCGCAGUUGGUUUGGCUUGUGGAGCAAUGCUCAGAAUCAGCAGCAGGCCGAUCAGCAGACAGUCACCACUCCUUCAAAAGAUGCUUCGCCUGAUCGACCCAUCCUCGCCGAAGAUUCUACCAAGACAACCGAUACCCCGACAAAACAGCCAGCAGCGCCUGAGAUCAAGCAAGGAGAAGAGACACCACAGAACAAGUCGUCAGGCUGGGCUUUCUGGUCGCGAGCUCAAGGGAAAGAUGAAAGUGAGACACCCAAUGGUACGCAACGGCAGGUCGGAGAACUUGCUGUUGCCGACACACCCUCACAAUCUCACCCCGAAGCUGCCCAAUUCAACGAGCAGCGCCAACAAAAGGCAAAAUCAACCAAGUCCAGUCUCCCAACCAAGAACGGCAGCUCGACAUCACUAGCAUCUACCAGCCAGCCUCAGGUCACUCCAAAAGAAGCCGUCAAAGCAUCCGACACAGCCAAAGCCAUCACUGAUGCCAAAGCUGCAAAACCCCAAGCCCGUCCUAAUCUUGUGAUACCCAGCUUUGAUGAGAGCUAUUCUCCUGAGUACAUACCCUCGUACCGGGAACGGCUCACCACCUAUGUCGCCUCUACUCUUCGUCUGAUCGACGCACCAACCGCUCCAAAGCACGUCUCCAUCACACCCGCUCCCCCAAAGAUCAAGAACGCAAUCGCUAUCGGUGUGCAUGGCUAUUUCCCUGCCCCACUGAUCCAGAAGGUCCUCGGUCAACCUACGGGAACCUCGAUUCGUUUUGCCAACUACGCUUCAGCUGCCAUCCGCGACUGGGUACAAUUGCACCAACCUGACACACCUUGUGAGAUCGAGACGGUCGCUCUGGAAGGCGAAGGCUUCAUUGCCGACCGCGUGGCUACCCUGUGGAAACUCAUGCUCAACUGGCUAUCACACCUUCGUCAAGCUGAUCUCAUUCUCGUCGCCUGCCAUUCCCAAGGCGUGCCUGUUGCCAUCAUGCUUGUUCACAAACUUCUCCAACUUGGCUGCCUUUCUCCUCAUGCCAAGAUUGGCAUUUGCGCAAUGGCAGGCGUAAAUCUAGGUCCCUUUGCGGACUACAAAAGCAGAUGGUUGGGUGCAGGCGCUGCAGCUGAGCUGUUUGAGUUUAGCAGACAAGACAGUCGAGUCAGCACAGAGUACAAAGCUGCUCUUGAUGGCGUUCUGAGGCAUGGUGUGAGGAUAACUAAUUGUGGUAGUAUCGACGAUCAAUUAGUCUCUCUCGAAUCCUCGACAUUCACGACCCUCACGCACCCCUACGUCUACCGCGCCGUCUUCGUCGACGGCCGCCUGCACGCCCCCGACUUCCUUUCCCAUCUCGUCGCCUUCGCCCUCAAGCUCCGCAACCUAGGCGUCUCCGACCACGGCCUCAUCCGCGAACUCUCCCUUCCUCUAGCAGGCUCUCUCUACGGCGGCGAAGGUCACUCGCGCAUCUACGACGAUCCGGCAGUCUACACUCUCGCCCUCCGCUUCUGUCUCGAAACCACCGACUUGCCUUCCUCAACCCAUAUUUCCCCUGACGCCUCAACCCUGCGCUCCUCCCGAGCCGGCCCGCCCGAAUCCCUACGCGCCGCCAACUCUCUCCGCCGCGGCAGUGUUUCUGCCUCGUCAAUCUCUGGCAUCCUCCCUUUGUUUGCUGACUUUGAAGUCCCUGCUAGCGGAAGUAAUGCUAAUCCUUAUUUCUUGCCUUGGGCUUUGAGAGGUAUUCUCGAGGAAGAAAUCGUCAAGGGAGAAAACAUGAAAGAGGAGGUCAAAGAAUUGGUGGCUGAGUUUGAGGAGUGGAGGCCGCAGAGUAAAGUUCUUAAGGAUGUGAGGUUCAGACUCGAGGGUGUGAGGAGUAAACUAUAA